CAUCCUACACUUCUUCACGGUUAUACUGAAAUUAUAUUAUGAUUGAAUUUAUAAUAUAAUGAAUACAUGAGAAAUCUAUGCGGAUCGGAAUUGGAGCGAAAAUCACACAGUGCAGUUAUUUCCAUCUCGACAUCGACGAACGAAACGUCAACCGACAACGAAGAUUUUUCAAACUUUAACUGGUGCUGCAGUUAUAAGAAUAUUCAUCAGGCCAAGAAAAGGACAGUAGAGGUCAAGGAUUCGGGGAAUUUUGCAUCGGCAUUCGAGGGUCUGAGGCUGAGUACCGAUUCCAUAUUGCAAGACAGGUUUAAGUCGAAAUGCAACAUGUUGCCACCAGAAAAUCCUGUGGGAGCAUCCCAGCGGUGUCCUUGCGGGUGCCUGGAGCAGAGCGGUCCUGUCGGGGGUUUUAGAACGCGGGAACUUUCGUCGUUGCGUUUAGUCAUACACGGUCCCGAAAUCCUGAAUUACCAGGGUACCAAACAGGCCCCGGAAGACGUCGCGCCUUACUGGAAAAAGGACUCGAGAAUGUGGCUGUGGAAAUCCGUGCGUCUCGCUCGCAAACGGAAGAAUCGAAUAUCGUCCUCAGUUUCCGGUUCCAGUACUAUGUCGUUUAUCAGUAAUAGAGAUAAACGAGAUGCAGCGGCAGCAGCAGGAGGAGCAGGUUUCGAAUAGAUGAAGAAUUGGAAAGAGAAGGGAAGAUAGAAAUUUUAAUUGUUCAAAGUUUUGAAAUGUACCCUAUAAUCGACGGAUUUUAUACUUUAAGUGUUUUUCUUUUAAAUUAUUUUUCUUCAAACUUUAUCCUUCAAUUGUUGCAAAUAUUUUUUAUAACAACACUUGCCGUCUGUCUCAAAUUAUUUAUAUUUAAUUGAGAUUUUAUUCUCGGCGAAUUUGAUAGUUGUGCAUUGUGGACAAUUAUUUUAUUCAAUUGAACUUUGAGGUGAAACAAAAGCGAAUAAAACCGAUAAGCAGGGACUGAAACACAAAAGUAGACAGACUU